AUGGUUUAUCACACAGUUUAUAUACUCUGUGAUAUCCUAUCACAGAAUCGAUACCGCUCUGUUUGCAAAGGAAGAGGUCACCAAGCCAGAUACUGUCCAGAAAGGGAACAAGAAAGAUCAAGUCAUGGUAUUUGCUUAAAAUGCGGAAAUUCAAGGCAUGAUAUGUUUUCAUGUACAGCUGACUAUUUACCCAGUGAUCUCAAGGAAAUUCAGUGUUAUGUUUGCAGAAGCUUCGGUCAUCUCUGCUAUGCUGACUUUCCAGAUAUAGAUCCAAGAGAGUCAUGUGGAGCAACUGGCAGCGCAAAAUCCUAUACUACAUGCUACAAAUGUGGAGAGGAAGGUCAUUUUGCAGGAAAUUGCAGUAAGCAAGGGAAGGGUGGACAGGGAAGAGAACAAGCGAGCAAUUAGCUUCUGU